AUGGCCGAGAAAAAGGCGGAUGCCCCAGCAGCCGGCAUGCUCUGGGGUGGCAGGUUCACAGGUGCGAUUGAUCCUCUGAUGCAUAAGUAUAAUGCUUCCAUCCAGUAUGACAAGGCUCUUUUUAAAGAAGAUAUUCUUGGAUCAAUUGCUUUUGCCCGGGCCAACUCAAAGGCUGGCAUUAUCACCGAAGACGAGUUUCAGGCGAUUGAGCAUGGCUUGCUCCAAGUGAUGGAAGAAUGGAAGCAGGGAACUUUCACCAUCAUGCCGAAUGACGAGGAUAUUCAUACGGCAAACGAACGUCGCUUAGGAGAGAUCAUUGGCAAGGACAUUGCCGGUAAGCUGCACACGGGUCGCAGCCGCAACGAGCAAGUUGUCUGUGACAUGCGCAUGUGGUUACGCGAUCGGAUUCGCGAAGUCGACGGCCAACUGGUCGCAUUCCUCAAGGUCAUUAUCGCACGUGCCGAGUCUGAAAUCGACUACAUCAUGCCUGGAUACACCCACCUCCAGCGUGCCCAGCCUGUCCUAUGGGGUCAAUGGCUGAUGUCACAUGCCGCUGCGUUCAAGCAGGAUCUCGAGCGGUUGCGCCAAGUUUUUGAAAGAGUCAAUUUAAGUCCACUUGGUUGUGGCGCUUUGGCCGGUAAUCCAUUUGGAAUUGAUCGAUAUAUGAUGGCUGAAGAGCUUGGGUUCAGCGGAAUAACCUUGAACUCUAUGAACACUUCGGCUGACCGCGAUUUCAUCAUUGAGUUUCUUACUUGGAACUCAAUCUUCACCAACCACAUCAGCAGGUGGGCUGAGGAUCUUAUUAUUUAUGGAACGAGUGAAUUUGCCUUCGUGCAGCUGGCCGAUUCAUAUACAACGGGGUCCUCGUUGAUGCCUAACAAGAAAAAUAGCGACUCGCUUGAACUUUUGCGUGGCAAGUCAGGUCGUGCUUUCGGUCAAAUGGCUGGCUUAAUGAUGACUAUGAAAGGCCUUCCAUAUUGUUAUGCGAAGGAUUCUCAGGAGAGCUGGGAACCUAUGCUGGAUUCUGUUGAUACCUUGACGGUGCGUCCAGAGCGGAUGAGGGCUGCUCUGGACAUGACGAUGCUUGCCACUGAUGUUGCAGAGUGGCUGGUGAGGAAGGGUGUUCCGUUCAGGGAGGCUCACCACAUCUCUGGACGCGUCGUUGCCCUGUCCGAGAACACGGAGGUUUCGAUGGACCAGCUAACCCUGAAGCAACUACAAGCCAUUGACUCUCGGUUUACAGCAGACAUUGCGGCGGCAUUUGAAUAUGAAUCGAGUGUCGAGGCGAAAUCGGCGCCAGGCGGUACCAGCCGAUCAGCCGUGCUGGGGCAGAUCCAGGAACUCCGUGCUAUUUUAGAUUAG